UUUACGGUCCUCCUGUGGUUUCUUUCUUUCUUUGCCAGACGUCUAAUAUAUCAGCCACAGGCUUCGCUGGUGCUAUACUCAAUCUACUUUACUGCCCUAAAUUGACAAAAAAAUAACGAUGGAGAUCCCCCAAAUCCAGUAUACCAAGUUAUUCAUAAACAAUGAGUUUGUGGACGCUGUAAGCAAGAAGACCUUCCCAACCAUCAACCCAACCACUGAAGAAAAAAUCUGUGAGGUAGCUGAGGCGGACAAGGCUGAUGUUGACAUCGCAGUCAAAGCAGCAAAAGAAGCGUUCAAGCUCGGCAGCCCCUGGAGGACUAUGGAUGCCUCUGAAAGAGGAAGACUGUUGUACAAACUAGGCACCUUGGUUGAAAGAGAUGCUGAAUACCUGAGCAGACUCGAAUCCCUUGAUGGAGGUAAAAUCAUCAACGAAUCUUCAGGUGACAUCCAAAAUGCCGUCAAUUGCUUGAAGUACUAUGCAGGAUGGGCUGACAAGACAACCGGAAAGACGAUCCCAGCUGACGGGCAGUACUUCACUUACACCAGAAAUGAGCCUGUUGGGGUGGUAGGUGCCAUYACUCCCUGGAACUUUCCUCUGAUGUUGGAGACGUUAAAGGUUGCACCUGCUCUUGCUUGUGGAUGUGUUGUGAUUUUGAAACCUGCUGAGCAAACACCGUUGACUGCUCUAUACUUUGGCAGUUUGAUUAAGGAGGCAGGUAUUCCUGCAGGAGUCGUCAACAUACUGCCAGGGUACGGACCAACAGCGGGAGCAGCAAUCAGUGAACACAUGGAAAUUGAUAAAGUCACUUUCACAGGUUCAACUGAGGUUGGAAGGAUUAUCCAGAAGGCAGCUGCCAUGUCAAACCUCAAGCGAGUUWCUCUUGAGCUCGGUGGCAAGAGCCCCAAUAUCGUAUUUGCCGAUGCCGACCUAGACGAGGCAGUCGAAGGUUCUUUCUUGGGACUGUUCYUCAACCAGGGCCAGUGCUGUUGUUCAGGAACUCGUAUCUUCGUGGAGGAAAGUAUCUACGAUGACUUUGUCAARAAGAUGGUUGAAAAGGCUGUUGCGAGGAAAGUGGGACAACCAUUGCUUAAGGAGACUSAACAGGGACCACAGAUUGAUUCAGAUCAAUUCAAAAAGAUCCUGGAAUUAAUCGAGAGCGGGAAAUCCGAGGGAGCCAAGCUGGAAUGCGGUGGUGGUCGUCAUGGAGACAAAGGCUACUUUAUUGAGCCCACGGUGUUCUCUGGUGUUCAGGAUGACAUGAGGAUCGCCAAGGAAGAGAUAUUCGGCCCCGUAAUGCAGAUCCUCAAGUUCAAGACGAUGGAUGAAGUGAUUGCACGUGCGAAUAACACCAMUUACGGCCUGGCUGGUGGGGUCUUUACGAAGAACAUUGACAAGGCACUCACAGUUGCACACAGUGUCCAGGCGGGAACUAUGUGGGUUAACUGCUUCCUCGCYGUCGCGUGUCAGACUCCUUUUGGUGGAUACAAGCAGUCAGGCUUUGGACGCGAGUGGGGAGAAAGUUGCCUAGAAUCGUUCACUGAGGUCAAAACGGUGACGGUGAAAAUCCCCGUCAAGAACUCCUAAAGGACAGACGUACUAGAGCAUUUAUGGCAAAAGAAUACAUGGGAAAAAAUGCUUGAAUUUAAAACAUUAUGUUAACCGAAGAGUUUAAUUAGGAUAUAAAAACGAAUAAAUAUAAAUGAACGAAAAGUAUUAUA